CGUAUAUAGUGUGUUUAAAUAAUAAAUAUGGUAUAAAAUGUGUAUCUAUAUAUAUAUAUACACCGUGAAACGAUAAUAGGUUAAAAUAUUCAUAUAUGUGGUAGGACAAUGAUCGUUUUGUUUUGGUUUGUUUUUGGGACAAAUGUACAUUUUCUAGUGCAUAGUUAUUUCAUCGAGACACAACCAACGGUAUGGGGGAACGCUUCAUGUCAAAUAGCAUUUCCAGUCCUGAACUUCUCUGGGAGUACACCAUCUAUAGAUUCAACCGAGGAUAUUUCGAACCUAACAAUUCCUGGGUUAGGGGUUUGGAUUGGCUAUUAUAAAGCAAUGGUUACCUACACAUAUGUCGGAAACGGUCGAAGGGAUCAGUAUGAAGGGCAGAUUUAUGACGUACAAAGUCUUGGCGACUGCAUAUCCGCUACUGGAUGUAAAACCUUCGGGUUAUGGAAAUCAAAUACAGGCCUUACAUGUAAAUGUGCCUUGGGAUAUACAGUAUUUGCCAACAUAUCUUGUGAUUCACAUUGCAAUGACUCGAACUUUGAAUUUCCGUGUGGAAUGGCAGAGACCAAUAUAAUGUCUGUAUACAACACAGACAAUGAAAGAAUAAUAUCAAAGACGGACGACACAUGUACGUCGAUUGAAUGCAGUUGCCUCUCAUUCACAUACAAUAAUACUCCAUCCGAAUACAUAUUUAAAUGGAGGACAUGCAUGAAGAAAGAUUUUCCCCUUCAACUCCUUUGCAAUAACCAUAACUUUUCAGUUGAUACCCAAUCUGCUGUAAUUCCGAACUCUGAGUAUAAAAGGACGUGGGCUACUGCAUCGGAAUCUUGUUUUGCUGCCGGAAAAUAUCCAGCAACAUAUACAAGCAUAUUGAGCACAUCGUUUUCUGGCAAUGUUUCCGGACUGGAGCGUUGGACUGGGGUCAUAAGGAAAUUGUCCGUUAUAAAACGAACUGAAAACUUCAACCCCUACGAAAUGUCUGCGGUCGCGGUCGCUGUUUUGCAAAAAAAUGGUACAGUUGUGUUUGAAGAUAGGACUCAACGUAGACAUAACGUAUGUCAUUCCCCUUUAGGAGGCACAUCCAAAACAACACCAUUUAGCUCGACGCAAACGACCCCACCCACCAGCAUAACCUCAUUGAACAAACAUACAGGAUCCACGGCCGGUCUCGCAGCUGGUUUGUCCGUUUCACUAGUUUUACUUAUCCUUGGAGCGAUCAUUGUGCUGCUGUUCUUGAAACGGAGGGGCUUUCUACCGGAAUGUCACAAACAAACUGAGGAAACAAGCAAUCAUAGCGCAGACACAGCGACCGAUAAUUCCUUCAUGUCAACUCCGAUAUUUGAAUCUACCACAAACACAAUGCAUGACAUGACAGCUUCCAAUCAUACUUAUCUUGCACUUGAAAGGACAUUUGACGGAGUGAAUAAAGAUGAUGCAGAUCAGUAUGCAGAGCUAGAUGCGACCGAAUUUGACCAUCAUGAUUUGACCGAAACGCCAGAGAAAGAAAUAGCUAACGGUUAAGACACAACCGAUGGCUCUGCCGCGACUAAAUUGGCUAAGCAAGAUAGCAACUAUAACAAAGUUACUUUACAUCAAUUCACUGAGUAUGACCAUAUUCAUAAAAAUGGAACUCUGCCAAUGUUAGACAGACAAAGUAAAAAUUAAUAUGAUAUCACAAGUAACAUUAUAAACGGGAAACGCAAUAUACGUUGCGGAGAUGACGAUAAUACAUAUACUCAAUUGAACAAAAAUAAUUUGAAGGGUUCUAACACAGAUAAUAUUCAUGGAAAGACGGAAACAGAUGGCGACAGUGGAUAUGGUUCCUUUUGAGAUCUCAAAGGUAGCCGGAAUGCAGCUGCAAAAGAACCGGAGAAUGAUUAUGCCGUGAUUUAAUAAAAUGGUAGAGUUCGGUGUCAGUCAAAGGACAUAUAAUUACAUGAUUUGAUCAUUUAAAGUUAUCUAACUUUAGGGCUUAGGAAAACAAUCAACGUUUUGCACCGAUUGUUGCUAAAACCGUGAGAAAUGUUUAUUUAAUGAAAAGAAUAACAUAACUAGGUUUCCGUUCAAUCCUAUUCCGGAAGAUGUGCCCAUCUGUUAAUUGGUAUGAAUGACAUGGUUGCUAAACCAUGCUAUACACUUUUAUAUUUGUGAUUGUAUCUUAUUGUGAAUGCUUUGUGUUGAAAUAACUGUUUCUCGUCGCCAUAGAAACAAGCAUCAUUUUUUGCAACUACAUGUGUAAACUAACAAAUUGAUAUUUGCUGUUAAGAGCCAUAGUUAUUAGUAGUUGUUAUUUCUGAUUAUAGACGACUUCGAAU